AUGCGCUUUCCGCCUGAAGCAAGAAAUCCGUGGGCCUUGAGCCGCCAGUCCACGGCACCUGCUAUGCGUGUCCGCUUGGUAGCUGAUCGCGGUCCAGAUGAUGAACGGCUCCCCACCAUCAUGGCAUUGAAGAAAACGAUUUGCCAGGACGAGGAACGCUUAGAACUGGCACGGAAUGAGGUGGAGGUAUUGAGGCGUGCCAGUCAUGAGGGAAGGCACGUGGGAAGAGAGUUCAUUGUACAGUACUUUUCCCACAAGGAGUUGCCGUGCCAAGAUGGCGGCAGCGUGAGAACAGAGGUGCAUCUGCUGAUGGAAUGGUGUGGUGGUGGCUCCUUGCUCCCGCGCAUUUUGAAAGACGAGACGGUGGCCAUUGCGCGAUGUCCCAACAUGCUGGAGGUGGAAGUGGUGGUGGUGCUAAGACAAACGGCCCUCGCACUGGCCUUUCUUCACAGCUUGGGCAUUGCUCACUACGACUUGAAACCCGAGAACGUGCUCUUCACCGACGGUGACGUUCGGCUCUGCGACUUUGGAUCAGCGAGUUCCAGACAGUGGCAGGACAUGAGCACGGAGACGUCGCGGCAAACGGUGCGGGAGGUUGAACUCUUCUUUGCCCAUCGCACCACGCCCAUGUUCCGCCCCCCGGAGCUGGCAGAUCCUGACCUGGUUCGACUGCCCAUUGGAACUCCAGCAGAUGUCUUCAUGCUGGGCUUGUGCCUCUACCAGAUGCUCUUUGCCGUACAUGCCUUUCCGUUGGAGGGCCGCUUGGCCAACAUCCAUGUGAGGUACAGCCUUCCGGAAGGUGCUGAUAACUACUACUCCCCCGGCCUCCUGGCCACCCUGGUGGCGUUGCUGAGCCGAGACCCCAGAAAGCGGCCCGUUGCAGAGGAGCUCUCUGUGACGGGCCUUCUUCGUCCCGCUGAGAGAUAG